AGAAAAAAUGAGAUUCUGAAUUUUACCUUGAUUGUUUGCAAAGUAUAUAACUGUAAUAUACUUAUUCAUGUAUUCGCGGUGUCUAUCUUGCAUUAUAAUACACAAACGAUUAACUUGCAGAGUUUGUAAAAAGGUUAAUAGCGACGACAAUUCAUAACCAAUAUUUUGUCAUGCCGCAAAGUUUAGCCACACUUUCUGUGACUUUCUGGCAUCUUUUAGCUGUGCACGUUUAAAAAUUUUCUAACGUCACGUAUUUUACUCUUUUGAAAAAAAAAGAAAAGAUGUAAAAUAUAGCACCUCAACGAAAAAACCAAACUAAACUUAAUGCUUCUGAGAGAGAAAGAAGAAAAAAGUGUACAAAGUGCAGCUGCAACAUAUAGAGUAUAGGCCUAAUUUUCAUAUUUUCACAUUAUAAAAUUUAGAUUGCACGUUACAUUUUAUGAAUUUUACGAGGAAAGGAUUUUCAAUCGAGAGCAACUAGAGAGCGAUAAACAAAUCAAAACAAGUAUCAUUGACGAGCGCUGCACCUCGCCCGCCGAAUGAGAAAUGUUGGCAAGAAUGGAGGUAUGACAACACUGCCACGACCACACAUGACACCCCCGUCACGAAUAUGUCGACUGCUAAAUACAUUUUGACAAUUAAUACGCAAGUCGAUCGCAAUCAGUGAAACAAUCCGCGAGCAUGAACGUGUUUCACCGUCACGACCCUCAUUUUAGAGAAUGUCAUGCAUAAAACAUGAGUUGGUUUGAUGCCACAGGAUUUGCCAAUUUGGCAAAGUCUGCUCUGAAGGGAGCUCAGAAGACUAUAGAUAAAGCCCUGGAUAUCAAGGAGGAAGAACCGAAGGUGAUUCAAUCCCAUCAACAUCAAACAGAUGAAGCUUCAGAUUUCUUUGCGAGUUGGGGCUUGCAAAAUGAAGAGGAGGCAAACAAACGCGAUAACAAUUCACAGAAACAGCCAAGCUCAAGCAGUAUUUGGGGUAGCUUUACAGGUUCGUUUUUUGAGGCCCCGAAGGUUAUAGAUGAAAAUACACGAAAGAUUUUCAAACAUUCUAAGUCCUUGCAAAAUACUGCCAGUCAAGAUGAACAGUUAGGAAUGGUAUCUUCAGCUUCUGCUCCUGAAAAAUUAACAAAGGACACAAAGCCUAUAAUAAUAAGUAAUGAAUCUGUACAUAAGAGAAGUGAAGGAGAGUCUAGUGUUGUCAGUGAGUCUGUACAUAUUAAUCGUAGCAUAUCUAAAGAAUCUAAUGAUAAAAUUGUAUCAGAAUCUUGUACCUCGUCAGAGCAGUCAUCUUCAGAUAAUGUUGUUCCUACUAGUGUCGAAAAGAAUGUAACUAAAAGUGCCAGUUUAGAUUUGGAGGAAGAGUACUAUGCGCCAACCACAGAUAAUAUUGAUGAUUCCACAUCGAGCAGCGAUGAAGAAGGGCAGUGCAGUAACGAGAUGGUAUCAGAAAAUAACGACAUUAAUCAAACGUCGAGUUCCACUAAUGUGUUCCAUAAAGUACCUAACGUCUCCUCCGAGAGCGAUAAGAAAAGUUUGGAGAGCGUGGAGAUACUUGGCUCGCAAUCUAACACCGAUUGCACCACCACACCGGAAUCGGAUCCGAAUUCCAUUUCCAAUUCGUUAAGUCCUAUUGGCAUCAAGGUGAAUUCCGAAUCAGUCGAGAUAUUGCCGGACAGUCUGGUGACGUCGCCGAGCUCCGUGGAAGUUCUGGGAGAUUGGAAAAGCGACAGCAGUCCUUUCCUAUCUCCGAUAGAUCCAAAGAGUUCGGAGUUAUCGCCCGUUUUAGAUGCAGACGAAUGCGUCACUCCGCAUGUAGAAUGCACAUUACAACUACCUAGCAGAGAACAAUUUGCAGACGCUUCGUCGUCCGAUAUCUCUCCGUACGAAUCUCCGAUGGAGGAGGUUAAAACGUUGAACACCAAUUCGUCGUAUUCCUACAGCGUCGACAGCACACCGUCGCCCAGCGCGUUCUCCAGUUUGGACACGAAUAAAAGUUCGUCGCAAGCGGCGGACAGCUCGAAGACUUCCCCCGACAGCGUCGAAGUGAUACCGGACGUGGAUGAAUCGUUUCAACAGCUGGACGCUGUCAUAAGCAAGAUGGAUCUGUCCGACGUGAAAAUACCCAUAAAGAUGCACGACUCGUAUCCGGAUGAUAGGCAAACGUCGGCGAAAGCUUGCACGGACGGCAAAUUAAACUUGAGCCUCGAUUCACUGAAGGAGAAACACAAUUUGCAUCUAACGCUCGAGCCAAUCACGACACAGCCAAUUCGCAAUUUGGAUCAUCUAGAAGGAGUAAAUGAGAAACCGGACGUUUCCACGUUUUCCCAAUUAAUGAGCACCACCAUAGAGCCACCGGAUCUGGAUAGCUAUUCUCAAACCGAAAGUGUGGAGGAAAAGACGAAGAUGACCGAGAGUAACGCUGAUCAGUAUUUAAUAUCCAACGAUUCGAGCAGAGAAGGAACUUUGAUAGAGAGCAGUUCAGAGGACAACGCGACGUUGCUCUGCACAAACGAUUCGAAAGUCUCAGAAACGCCUUUGACUACUAGUUCGUACGUGAAGACUAUGCUAGCCGAUGCUAUGGUCGAAAAGGGCGAAAUAAUCGACAUGGAGACACAUUGCACGGAAGUGCCGCGAGAAAAUUCACCUAUAUCGUCGGAAAGUCGCUCCGAUCUGGUGAAAAUCGGCUCUGAUCAAGCCAGUGGCCACACGAGCGGAGACGAAUUAGAAACUACAACAUCGAGCGACAUAGAGAUAAUUUCCAGUCCGAACGGAGAUUCGAGUUCGACCCAGUCGCGACAGAGUCCGGCGAAAUUGCAGCUAACUAAAAGCAGCGAUUUGCUAACGAAAACUUUGAAGACCAGAGGCCACUCCCGGGAAUUGAGCGAGAUCAGCGUAGGAUCGGAUGAGGCAAAUAUGGAGAUCGAAAAGUUAUUGAAACGCAUACAAGAGAUGACUGAGAUUUUAGAGGCGAGGGAAUCAAAGCUAAUCGACGUGAGCAGAAUAAACAUGGAGUUGCAUGAGCAAAAUGCAAACUUAAUGAAACAGCUUGAGAAUUUUGAGAAACACGCGGAGCAGAAUCAAAGUAUCAAUCAAAUCACAGACGAAUACACGCAGCGUUUGUCAGCAUUGGAGAGAAAAUUUCAACAGGCGAUAAGAGAACGUGAUCUGUUGAGGCAAAAUUUGGAUCAACUGAGAUUAGAAGCGUCAUCGCGUCUAUCGUCGCAGGAAAUGUCUACCAUAAACGCUGAAAAGGAUGAAAUUAUAAAAGAGCUGCGCGAGGAGGGCGAGAAACUCAGCAUACAGCAGCUUCAACACAGCAACAUUAUAAAAAAAUUGCGGGUGAAAGAAAAGGAGACUGAUGCAACGAUAAAGAGUCAAAAAGAGCAAAUCGAGGAGCAGAAUACAGAAUUGGAGAGAUUAAAACGGUCGUUGCACGCGAAGGAGGAAGUAGAACGCAGUCAAAUAGAAGCCGUUCAUACAUUAACGGCGAAAACAAAGAAGCAGGAAAAGGAGAUACUAAUGUUGCAAGAAAAAUUGGAUAACACCAUACAUAAGAUGGAAGCCUAUAAAAAGAGCUUUGACGCUGCAAAAGUGGACUUAACAGAGACGAAGAAAAAGUUGCUAGCUACGGAGGAGGAAUUAAAAGAAGCCAUAGAUAAUGCGGGGGAAUCGUGCCAGUUGUUUGCACAAGUGGAGGAUUUAAAAUUGAAGUAUCGUCAAGCUGAGGAAGCUCACGUCAAAAGGGAAGAGUUUCUCAAGCACGAAAACAGCGAGUUACUAAAACGAUUAGAAGCCGCAGAGGCCAGGAGUGAAGAGUUAUCUGAAUCUGUUUCGGUAGCAACAAAGCCUCUAUUAAGACAGCUAGAACAGCUCCAAGCAAACUUGUUGCAUAAAUCUAACAACUUCAUGAAGCAAGAGAAGGUUCUGUCCGAGAAAAAUAUCGAAUUGCAGUCUAAAAUUGAGAAUUUAAUCGAGAUGGAUCGUCUUUUGAGAGAAGAAAACGUUAAUCUGAAAUCCAAAGAGUCGCACUUAGAAUCGAAGCUUAAUCUAAAAGAGAAAGAAAGGUUAGGAUUGCAGGAGUCACGCGAUAAGUUGAAAGACGAAAACGAAAGAUUGUUAGAGCAAACCAAGCAACACCAGGAAACGAUAAAGACUCUCGAGCAGACGCAUUCCAGUUACGUACAGGAACUGAAGAGAGAGAUCAAUGCAUUGGAGAAUAAAUUGGCCGUGGAGAAAGCAGCGACCGACGCAGAACGAAGAAGAAAUAAUGCUAUCCUGGAGCAGCAGCAAAAUACCGACGAGGAGUCGCGAUUCAGUCCAACCCUCAGUAUAGGACAAGAAUCCGUCAGCAGUGCGAACAGCGUCUGGCCGGGUUUUAGCGAUUCAGUAUUCGACAAUAGCUCCGGUAGAUUUCCUCCGAUAUCGUAUGAGAACAUCAGAGCAGGUUCGAGUAGCACGUCAAUCUUCGAAAAUUUGCAAGCUCAACUGAAACAGAGGGACGGCGAGAUACAGCAGCUGCAGUGGGAGUUAUCUCGGCGGAACAUAGAGAGGGAUGCGUUGAAUUCGGAAUUAGCAACGUUGGCUCUGAAGGUCGAGGAUUUGAAUACUAAAGUCUCGGAAGUGCAGGCGCUUAAUGAAAGCCUUAGCGAAACGCAAACCAGAUACGACGCGCUGCUGCAAAUGUACGGCGAAAAGGUCGAGGAGAAUCAGGAGUUGCGACUCGACCUCGAGGACAUCAAGGACAUGUACAAAACGCAAAUCGAUCAACUUCUCAAGAGACAAAAUUAUCAAUAUAUUUUUCCUCUCAUUUUUUUCUCUCACGUGUUCAGCAUGGGAGAUCAAGUUCUGAUAAAAACUGUGAAUUCGCAGAAGAAAAGGAUGAUUAUGCCAGAUGUAAUGCUUUAUACUAGAAAUGUAAUGAUCCCUAUUGUGAAACCUGUGCCCUCCAACCAAAGCUUUAACAUUUCUUUCUUCAAACAUAAACCUCAGAUUCUGAAGGCACAUAAUUGUAAAAAUAAUCCUGCAUUAUUAUUUCCAAAAACAGCAUCAUAUAAUCCUCUGGAUAACUUACUUGAGGUAAACAGAAUGAAUUGUCGGAAACCCAAGAAUCAAAGUACAAAGUAUACUAUUUCUGGAAAGACAGAUUCUCCGGAUAUCAAGAAAAUCAGUAUUUUGCAAAAUUCAUACCUGUCAAAAAAAUUGUCCCACGAUAAAAAGAAUAACACAUUACAUUUCCCUAAUACAAUGCUUGAACAAUUAGCACCAUUAACAAGUAACAAGGAUUUGUGCAAAGGAAGUUCAAAAUCUAUAAAAUUGUCAAGGAAGUGCAAUCUGUCACAAGUAAAGGAAGGUCAGACGAAAUAUGAAGAUAAAUUUGCACUUGUGCCAAGCAUAGAAACACCAAUUAGCAUGAGCAAAUCACCAGUUGUGUCAUUAUCAAGUCAAUCAUUCUAUGAUUGUACAGACACUGUUUCAGUGUCGACACAGUCAGCAUCAAGUUUCAAGAUUGAAAAUAAGAAAACAUUUGCAAAUAUUGAAAGGAAAUCAGUGUCUAGAAUGGCGUCGCAGCAUUUACAUCCCAUCAACAGUGAAUAUGAGAUAAGUGUGUUACAUUACGAAAAUGAUGUUCUAUCAGGAAUCAACUUCCCACAUUCCCUACAAUCUUAUUUAAAAUCCACUAAUACAAAUUGGUCUCCCGUAAACAAUUCCUCUUUAGCUAAGAUUCAGUCUAAAAAUGGGAAUAUUAUUGAUAAGAAAAGUUGGGCACCGUCUUCUCAAAGAAAACAAUGUGACAGUAAAUACAGGAUGAAAGAUGUUAAAAUCUAUAACAGAAAACCUUACGACUGUGAAAUAAAAUAUUCCUGGCAAGUUGUCGGAACAAGCACACAAACAUCAUACACCUUGCUGCAAAAUUUAUUAAAUAAUAUCAGUACAGAAAACAAUAAGCCUGCGUACAAAAUGUGCAGCAUAAAAUAUUCUUGGCAAAUUAUAGGAAUUGGUACUCAAGCGUCUUUGCACGAUCAUAAUGAUGCAGAUUAUUGGAGUGGCACAUUAUUGACACCGAAUAAGAAUUAUAAUGAGAACAGUCCUCAAAUUGGCAAUAAUGAAACAGAUUGCACUGAGUUGCAAGAGUUUGCGAAAUAUCCGGAAGAAAGAUUGAAGAAAUACUUAAUGUUAAACAGUCAGCAAACCCAAACCUUUACUGAGAGAGAAAUUCAAGCAAAUCCUAUCGAUUAUAUGGAACGGAUUUUGGAAGCACUGACCAAUCAAAAUCUGUCGGAAAAAGAGCAAAUCGACAAUCGUGAAGAAUUAUUACACAAGCAUGUAAUAAAACCAUUAAUGCCAAAUAUUUCUAGUACAAGUUCUGUGAUAUCCAAUAACGGCAAUGAAAAUACAAGGAAGGAAGAACUUCUAACGAGAUUAGCGUGCAAUUUGAAGAAACUAAAUCAAUAUGAAAGAAGUAUCGAUAAAAACCGGGAUGCAAACGCAUCACAUUUCAAUGCAGAAGAUGCUUUCGCACAGAAAAGAGAAGCAUUGCCGGAAAAUGUGGAAGCCAAUCUCAAAGUUAUUGUAGAAUCCGCACAAGAGUACAUAGCAAAGUUGGAUUAUCAAUUGAAAGAUCUUGACAAUGCUGAUCAACAAAUAGAAAAUAAUAUGAUGAGAACGUUAAAAGAUAUAGACGGAACAUUUCAAUCUUUGCUAGAUGAUGUGUGCCACGAAAUCAAUAAGAGACGCGAACAGCUGAUACUGGAGACAGAGAUUCAUAAACAGGAGAGUUUGAUACCGCUGAGAGCUUGCAGAAAGGAGGUGGAGGCACAAAUACAAAACGCACAAAACAUCAUGUCGGCGAGCGAGAGUAUGCUGCAACAUCCACAGCGAUACAGCGCGAGCGGAUUCGAAAAGAUAAUCGCUGCGAGUAACGACAUAGGCAGGAUACCAGCAGUGCCAUUUUCCGAGGAGCUCCCAAAUAUAAACUUCGACAGUCCACUGAAUUCGUGCAGGGAGGAAAUUAUCGAGCAAAUCUCGAGACUCGGUUGUAUCUCUCGCACAGUGCCAGUUCAGAUAACAAGCAUCGACGAGAGGCCUGCGGGUCUAUUCGUUAAAUGGCACAUCACCAAUCCGGAAUACACCGCCGAGGAACAGACGUUUGUCGUGGAGAAGGCCAACGGAGAGAUUCUAGACUCGGCGUCGAACGAGUUCGAGACGGCGUAUAAAGGAUCCGAGACUUCUUGCUUCAUCAGAAAUAUACCUGUCAAUCAACCAGUCACGCUCAGAGUCAGAAUACAGGGGGACAACGUUGCAAGGAGUGUGCAUCAUGUCGCGCGGACUUCAAUACCACCGUACAAUUGGGAAUUCGAUAACAAAGAUUACGUGAUCACUAAUAAUGGUAAAAUUGCUGCGAAACUCACCGACAAUGUGAGCACCUUGUUUUCACAAGGUCCUCAAUUCGAUGCAAAUCACAUUAUUGAAUUUAAGUUUCUAGAAGUUUCGCAAGAAGGGAACGACAAUGAAGGUAUUGCGUUAGUUUGCAAUCCGCAAGGUAAUCAUGAUACUUUAAAAAGAGCAGCGUCAUUGAUGAUCACACCUCGAGGUAAAAUCUUUAUGGAUGGAGAGGAGAAACUGAUGCAUUUGCCGAGAAUGCGUUUUGGUACCGAUAUCGUGAUCUCUGCCUUUCGGAAAAAUGCUGACACGCUGCGAGUGAAUAUUGAGUCUGAAAACAAAUGUGUCACAUAUGACUGGCGUGUGCAAACACCGCUGUAUUUUGCCGCUCGAUUUGCACAGUACAAAAAGUGGAACUUGAUGGUUAAAUGAAGAAACGAGUUAUCUAACUUAUUUUUAUUACAGGACACAAAAUUGAAUGUAAUUCUAUUAGCAAUAAAAAGAAAGUGCCUUACACAAAA